AUGAAACUGGAACAGAUUUCUCUCUUCAGUGAUGUUACUUUGUUAAUGCACUUUCUGUGUUGGCCCGACAGUGUCGACAGAAUGCACAACCAGAAGGAAAAAGAGUUAGAGGCUCUAACCGAGAUGUUGGCGGCAUGA